UCUUCCACCCAUUUCUAUCCUUUCCAGGAAACAUUAUCCGAAGACAACGUACGGGAUCUACUCGAUUUCCUUCUCUUAGAACAGAAGAAAGCCAAAGAGGAGGGUAACGAAGAAGUACAGACAUUCCUCAGCGACAACACAAUAGGGCAUAUUGUAUACGAACUGUUCGGCGGUGGCAUUGAGUCUACCACGAUGACCAUUCUAUGGUUUAUAAUCUAUCUACUGCACAACCCAGAGUGGCAAGAAAUUAUAUCUGAGGAAGUGCGACUAAGAAUUGAAACCACAGGACCUUUAUCUCCUUUUGAUCGCAACUGUUGUCCAAACUUAGACGCAGCCAUCAAGGAAACAUUAAGAUUGGCAUCUGUAUUGCCUCUCGGUUUCCCACACAGAUUAAUGAAAGACACCACAGUACGGGGGUACCACAUUCCUGAAGAUAGCAUGGUAAUACUGAACAUCUGGGCAAUACACCAUGACCCAAAUGUAUGGGAAGACUCGUACACGUUCAAUCCACGAAGAUUCCUGGAUCCACAAGAUCAAGGCAAGAGUUACCUCCCUUUUGGUUUGGGACAUCGAGUUUGUGUCGGCUCCUCCGUAGCCAAAAUGGAAAUUUUCAUGUUCUGUGCCUACCUAGUAACGAACUUUGUAUUCACAUGCCCCAAGGGGGAACCACUACCAGACGUUACAGGUCGAGCUGGUUUGACCAUACGGCCAAAACCUUUCAAAAUCUGUUUAAAGAGAAGGCUGUGAUUUCAAAAUUCCUUCCGAACUUGAGUAGUAAUAAAAGUGACAGAAAGACAAUUUAAAUAAAUAAAAUAUACGCGCACAUAUUCAUGCAUCCACACACAUACACACAUGCAUAUACAUACAUACACACAUACAUACAUACAUAUACAUAUAUACACAUACAUGUGCGUAUAUAUAUAUAUAUGUAUAUAUAUAUAUAUAUGU